AUGAACUUGUCAGGAAUUUGUCCCGAUCGGUCUUACCAGGCUGAGCAUUUGAUGCUAACUUGUUUGAGUCGUACUUACUUUGGAAUCUCAUAUGAUUUGCUCAGUUUCAUUGCCGGAGUUACUGACGUACUGAUGAACUUGCAGGCUUCGAUGACAGUUGUCUCAGUGGUGCCUCUUAUGGUCGUGUACAACUUUUUCUAUCUUGAAUGUUUCCAUUGGACUUCGAUUGGUGCGGUCAUAUUUUGCUGGCAGAGGGUUUCAUCCGUGAGUUUAAGGGCAAAGACUGUGGCUAUCGGUACGAUAGUCAACUAUGCCUUCCAGUGCAUGUGGAACUUUGUUUUGCCAUACAUGUUCAACCCUGAUGAGGCAAAUAUGGGCUCAAAGAUCAACUUUAUCUUUACUGGCUUCUCCCUCAUGUCUAUAUUCGUCUUCUACUUUUACCAACCAGAAACUGCUGGUAGAUCGUUUGAGGAUGUUGACGAGAUGUUUGCAGCUAAGAUUCCUGCUAGAAAGUGGAAGAACUACGUGACUGAAGCGAUGACGGAGAACAAAAAAGCGUACGACGAUAUGAAAGGAGUUAGGGUCGAACAUGCAGAAAAUGCUGAAGACGUUGUUUAG